UUAGCUAAUCGUAUGCUGAUUGUUUGAUCAAAAAAUUCAUCUCAAUUCUGUGUGCGCACUUCAAAUACCCAGUGGUGUGGAGUUUUUAGGAUAAACGCAAUUGGGCAUAUAAAAAAAAAAUGCGCAAUUUGAAACUUCGUUACUAUUGUGAGUUAGCCGGUAUUUCCCAACAGGGUCGAUGUGAACUUGCUGAAGAUAUACUUGGGAACGUGCUUCUCAUCUGCGGCCGAACUCUCUGGAGGCUAACUGAUAGUGGUGAUUCUAACCGAGACGAUGCACAACCAGGUUGGCUGAAUGUAGGUGAAAUUUUUGACCUUGAUGACGAUGAGGUGGUCAGCUUGCAGGCAACUUUUACGGGAUUUUGCGCGGUUUCCAAAUGUGGACAAAUCAUCACGUUUCGACUUGACAAACUUCCAGCAUAUGAGAUGAUUGGAGACAUAUUUGGUGGAGUUUCAAGCGUAGCCUGGUCACCAGACCUUGAAUUAUUGGUCGUCGUCUCGACAAAUGGACAGUUACUCUUGAUGAGAGAAAACUUCAGCACAAUAAUCGAACAACCAGUUGAAACUGAAUCUUUAGGAGAGAAAAGCGCCAUCACAGUUGGAUGGGGUAAGAAAGAGACCCAGUUUCACGGGUCGGAAGGAAAAAGGGCUGCAACAGUUGUAACCGUACAAAAGAAGCCUAUAUCUGAAUUCGAUGACAGGAAACCUAAUGUUAUUUGGCGGAAUGAUGGGCAGUAUUUCGCGACGAACACAGUUCAUAACGAUGUCAGGACAAUACGAAUAUGGUCCCGUGACGGAGUAUUGCAGUACACAGCUGAAACUAUCCCAGAGCUCCAUGGGGCUUUAGCCUGGUGGUGGGGAGAUGAAAAUCUUAUAGUUUCUGUUGACACGUCGCCAAAGGCGGAAAGGCGUAUCAUAUUCUAUGAAACAAACGGUCUUCGACAUGGACAGUUCACGCUGCCUGAAAACACCUUACGUGUGAAGGAAGUUUGUCAGGGAACACUGGGAGUUGUUCGAGUAUUAACCGUUUACUGUUCUAAGCAAGUUGAAGGAUCUAAUAGUCAAGAAGAUGUUCUCCUACUAUUUACUAUGAAUAAUUACCACUGGUACCUAAAGCAGACGCUGAGUUUUCCCGAGGGAGUUCGCGCAUUUUUGUGGGAUUCUCGGGAGAGAUUGAGGGUCAUGGCUGCUCGUUUUCACUCUUACAGAUGGUCGUUUCAAGUAGACGCAACGGGUGAAGGUCGAGUGGCAAGUAUUGAUGCCAAGCAAACACUGGUAACUGAUUUCGACAAAUUUGUUAUCCCUCCACCUAUGGCACAACGAGCAAUCACUGUGAAUCGUCACAUCAACUCUAUUGUGCUCUUGAAGUCGGCAAUUUUACUUCAGCUUGACGAUGGUUCCCUUGUUGUAAACGAAGCUGAAGGCAACAAACCUGUUACAUGCAAUCUGCCUGAUGUACACCGGACGUCCUGGAGUCAUUUAACGCGAGUGUCUGAUGAACUGGCUGUUGGCGUGACUUGUUCUAAAGACAUAUAUAAAUUGCAUAAGAUUGUUAUCUCUGAAAGAAAAGUUAUCGAAGCUGCUAUUCUUCCUAAGGUUCCAGAGUGUCUGACCAUAUACAAAGGGAAUGUGUUCGUUAAGCUCAAGAAUGAAAUUUUGAGCUGCAAUAUCUACAGCCAUGAUUCGGAGUUGAGCCCUAGCAAUAUGGGUCACCUCGAAAGUCUUCAGUAUACACCACAGGGAAUAAAAGUAGGUUUCGACUCGACAGAGCGAUGCCUAUAUUACGAUGAGAUUGUGCUAUGUCACAAGUCAACGUCCUUUGUCAUCCAUGAAGAUACGUUCAUUCUUGUGACCACAAAUGAUAAUACUUUGAAAUGUUAUUCUAUUUUCGGGAACCCAAAAACGCCAGAAUGCUGCGAUACAAGAAACCUUGAAGCUGGUAGCCUUCUAGUCACUUCGGCGCCUACUGAUGGCCGUGUAAUCCUUCAAAUGCCUCGUGGUAAUAUUGAGACUAUAUAUCCACGGCCACUUAUGCUCCACGCGAUCCAGUCACAUCUUAUGACUGAGAGGUUUGAUGAGGCUUUUCGCUUGAUGAAAGUAAACCGCAUCAACAUGAAUCUGUUCUAUGAUUACGACCCCUCCAGUUUUGAUACAAAAAUUGAAAUCAUUGUGAGGAAGUUAAAAAACGUUAACGAUUUAAAUUUGAUGAUAAUGGAUCUACAGCAGGAAGACGUGACCCAAACCAUGUACGCAGGAUACUACUCGCUUGUCGAGUUGCCUAAAGCACAAAAGAUGAAGAAUGUAGACAAAAUUUGCGAUAGGAUUCGUGAAACGCUUGCGAAAGUAGAUGAGGAGCGCUUCCUGUUAAGCAUAAUUACGUGCUAUGCUAAGAAGAACACUAUCAGUGAUCUUGAGGUUGCUCUGUUGACUGCUAAGCGAUUUGAAGUUCGAUUCGAUGAAGCUCUGAAAUAUCUCAUUCUUCUCGUCGAUAUCAAUCGCCUGAUGGAUGUCGCGCUAGGAACUUACGAUUUCAAGAUCUUCCUGAACGUUGCUCAACACUCGAAAAAGGACCCAAAGGAGUAUCUUGCACUUCUUAAGGAACUUAAAUCUUAUAAGAACGAAAAUUAUCGAAAAGUUAAAACUGACAUGUAUCUUAAGCGUUACGAUAGAGCACUUCUACAUUUGGCUAAAUGUCCUGAUCAUUUUGGGGAAUGCCUUGAAUUGGUUAUUAAAGAAAGACUAUUCACAAAAGCGCACAGCUUAUUCCCUCAAGGAUCGCAGGAAGCCAACGCAUUAUGGAACGCUCAUGGUGACUAUCUCUUAACAAAAAAGCGCUACAAGGAUGCUGCGAUAGCUUACAUGCAAGCAAAAGCAUACCAAAACGCUUGUCAGUGCUUCGAGAGGGCUGUAGAUACGGAUUUAUGUCUAGCAGCUGCAAAACUGGCAGACCUUCCUGCGGAACCAAUUGCUAAACGUCUGAUCCUCGCACUUACGACCGGGAAGAAAUGUUUAGAAGCCAGUAAAAUUAUGGAACGAUUUAGUUACCCCGCAGAAGAAAUCUGCAUGACCUUAAUUAGUGGCAGUUGUUGGAAAGCAGCAUUCUGCUGGCUCUUGGAGGUCCCUGACGAUCGCCAAGAAUACAUUAAGGCACAAUUACGUGAACACUUGCUAUCCAGUACAGAAGACCUCAAGGAGAAUAUCGCGACAGUGGCAGAAAAGUUUUCGAGUUCUGUGGCCCGCUUGAAGGUGGUUCGUGAGGAGAAAGCCAAGCGGGCAGCAGCAAACUGUAUAAACUUCCUGGAUGAUACCGACUUACCAAUGUCCGAGGCAGGAAGUGUGAUUAGCGGGGCAUCGCGAACCUGUUCUAGUCAUACGACGCGGAGCGGUAGCGUUACAACUAUUCAAUCGAAUCGACAGCUGAGGAAAGCGAAUCGCAAACCGAAGUACAUUCUUAAACAGGGUUCGCCCUUCGAGGAUUUGGCGAUUGUACAGGAGUGUGCCCAACUCGUCAAAAACGUACCCUACCUUAUAGAGCAAGUUGUAUCACUUCUAACCGGUCUUCAGCUUCUGUUUCUUAUGGAUGAAGCGGCUUCGUUGCAGUCGUUCUUUGGCUCUUAUUUCAACACCGUGAAGGACAAAUACAUUCUUGAAGUAUGGCCUGAGACACCGAACGGUGGCGUCGAGGUCAUUAGCGAUGAGGAACUGCGAAUAAGACCCGUACUCCCGGUGGAACGGUUUGCGUCAGCGAUUUUCUCGGAGCGGUGGUAAAAGCCCAGAUUGAGGAAAGGAACAGUUCAGAUAUCUGCGGUUUGGAUAAGAUACGGCUGUUCAGGUUGUUGUUUGACACUUGUGUAUUAUCUAUAUUAAGUUGUCCUUAGGUAGUACAAUAUUUAUAUAAGUACCACGGGGUCAAUUUAGUGAUUCAGUUAUUGAGGUCUGUAUAAACGCAUUAAUUUCUAUAAAACGAUAGCAUGUUUUACUAGUUUUCCUUCCACGGAACAUAGAGCGCUAGAAAUUUAUGAAAAUUUAUGAAACUUUAUGAAAAGUUGUAAUAAAUAUUGAUACAAAUAAUUAGGUCCCAUAUUUUCUAUAUCGUGGACAAUUUCUAAAAACUAAUUACUUCGCUAUUUUGAGUCAGAACUAAAUUUUAUUCUUUCGAACAUCAUGUAUUUUUUCAAUGAUCUAACUUAAAGCCGUGGAUGUGUCCAUAUGCAAAGCUUCGCUGUUGUUUCGAGCAGAUUUAGAGGGCUUUGUGUUACAUUCAUUAGCUUGUUCACAUAGUUCACAUAGAGUUCGUCUAUGCAGUUGUAAAUACAAAACCUUUACAUUUAUUACAUCGUGUAUGUACAAAUAAAACUGUGAAUUCUGUUUACUGCA